CUCACUUAUACCAAAAUAAAACAUAUCUCUGCAACGUUCUUUUUUAUUACAAUUAAAAGAAAAAUAAAGGAUGAAAAAAAUAAAUUAUAUGAAUGUGAUCAUCCAUCGCAAGGUAGAUAAAGUUGCCAUUGUCGCUCCGGCUGUCAUUUGCAUAGGUCGGGGACCGGAUAAGAAGAACUCGUUUCCGUUAUUUGAGUUAUUUUUCAAACACAAAAAGGUGGUUGGAAAAGGUGAUAACAUUUGGUAUAAUAUCCAUGUGCAGGAUUUAAACAAGCUCUAUUUGCUAUUAGCCGAAUCUAUCGUGAACGGUGACUUACGCGCCACCUGGAACGAAGAAAAAUGGUAUUACCUAACAGAAUAUUGGUUUUUAUGUGAAUCGAGAAAUGCUGCAGAUGGCUGCCAAGGUCUCAUACAAGAGAGGCUUUAUUCGGCCGCCAGGUGUAGAAUACAUGACUGUAGAGGAAAGCGAAAGGAGGCUACUAGGCUGGGAACCCAACAUGCCAAGCUUUAA